CCGAGCGCUGUGGCGCGGCCGUGGGGUCAGCGCCGCCGGCUCCCGGCCCCGUGUCCGGCGGGAGCAGGGCAGGAGCCCGUGGGGCGCAGGGAGCGGGGCCGCGGGCUCCGGGCGGCAGAGGCGAGGCGAGGCGAAGGGGCUGGGUGGAAGAGGCUGAGAAGGGCUGGUGGCGGCUUCGGGCUGAGCUCUGCUGUUUGUUCCUGUGCUACCGGACCCCUACGGGCUCCCCCCAUCUAAUUUCGUCCUGCUCUUACAUACUGUGCUGUUUCCCCGGCAGCAGCUCUACACCAAAUAGUCACUGCCAUUAGAAACUGCAGGUUUUGGACUUUGGAACCAGUCCCUUGAACAAUAAACUCAUACAACGUACACAGGAUCAGGAUCUCCUGGGUCUGGGGCUGUCGCUCUCCUAAAACACCUGCUGCAGAGGGCAAGUCCUCCGCGGUGUGGCAGCGCUCGGGAAAACUCCACGCUGGAGGUCAGAACCCCAGAAGUGCUCUGUCUCCAUCACCUGCUGAGGCUCAGGUCCAGCCCUCACCCCUGCAGAGCCUCUGCCUUAGCCCAGGCUCUGUCACAAGCUCCUCACUAGCGGAGCAGUGGUGCUUGUCCAGCCUGGCUGGCUAAGGAGAUGUCUCACUGGUGUUCACCAAGGCGAAGGGCACUGAAGACGUCCAUCCAAAGGGCAUUUACGGAGCCCCGCUCCAACCUGCUCUUGGGUUUCCUGAUCCUUCCUGCACCUGAACGUUUUCCAGACCACAGCUCUCUGCCAGAUGCCACUGACUCCGAGCAGGCACAGUGGCAUGAGCAGAACAAGCCCCACUUCCUUAGGAGAUAAAAAGGCACAGAGGAAGAGCCCUGCUCCUUGUCAGGCUGGCAAACCUGGCUCAACCCCUGUGGUACAGCAGGUAUGGGGGCCUGCAGUACCUUCCCCUUCGAGGGGAAGUGCUCACUACUCACACCCCUCCUAAGAGAGCUCCUGGAACAGAGUUAUGCUGAGAAUGCACAAGCAGAUAGCAGUGCAGCUCAACACUCCAGGCCAGAUACCCUCAGAGCCAGAGCCUCCCUACCACUGACACCAGCCGAGCAUAAACAAACACUCCUGACUGACGUAGCCGCUUCAAAUAGGGCACUGCCUCUGCCCGUGCUGCUCAUUUUGGAAGAGACUGGGAGAAAGCAGAACCAAAAUGCAGAAGCUGCUUGUGCUUGUCUCCUUUUUGGUCCUGAUGAGCACUUUUGCAGGCCCUUCACCAGUUUUGCCUGAAAAAGAAGCCAAGCAGGUUCUGAGGAGUCGCCGCCACGGCAGGCUGAGGAAAGCUGGUUUCCCUGAUGAGCCAAUGAGGGAGUAUAUGCUGCACCUCCAGCGCCUGGAGCAGAGAGCAGAAGAACAAUUCCUUGAGCACUGGCUGAACCCACAUUGUCUGCCCCACUGCAACAGGGAUUUAGUGCAUCCAGUCUAAAGGCUUUGUCUGCCCCACACUCAGCAGUGCCUAGCUCGAGUCUUUCCUCACCUGAAGACCUGCCCACUAGAUGCCACUGUUUCUGCAUACAACCAGCACCACAGCCCUCGAUGGUUCUGCACCCCUCCUUCUAACCCCUGGGGCUUUUACUCCUUCUCGUUUCUGGGGAGAAAACCCCAGCACCUUACCUCUAAACCAUUAAAAACCUCUCCAACCCCCCAAAA